GCUAUUCUUUGUUCUUGCAUCUCCUUACCAUUCCAAAGUUGGUAAGUGUAUCAUUGCUCCCGUCAACUUCAACAUCCACCUUCCAAAUGUUCUCAUACCCACACCUUUCGUAGAUUGCCACAUUCGCUUCCGAACACUCCAGAUAGCAAUCCAUGCCCUCGCGAUCAGCCCAAUGGGCGACGAUAUUCAGUAGCUUCUUUCCGUACCCUCUUCCCUGAUAACUCGGGUGAACUCCCAACACCGCGACAUAAAAAACUGGUCCGUAAUCAUUCCGUAGCUCAUCCCAACGACUGUCCUGCUUAAACGACACAAAGCGUUGUAGCGCUUCGGGACCCAUCGUUUCACGGUUUAUAUUUGGAGUUGCUCCCGACAUCGUGAGACUAUAAUAGUAACGGUCGCUUCCGACCUGGAAGAUAGAUCCAUUCUCGAGUCCAUCCGGAUGAAAACAAGCACAACUAGCAACCGUGAAAUCUCCAACGCGUACCUCGAGAAGAUUCCCAUAGGCCUCCGCGCAGUGAAAGGCUGGAGCAAACAUCGAAUGCAUUACAGAAAUCCUCCGGGGGUCGUCAGGGGGGCCCAUGCUGUCCAUCAGCGACGCAAUCGACGGCUCGUUCCUUCCUCCAAAACCACCGUGACCGUUGAAGGAAAUUUCGAUGGUUUCCAAUGCAGUAGAAGCUGAUCCACGUYGAAUUGUGUAUUCCUCACCUCGUACAUUUCCGCUGGCAAGGUGAAGAGGGAUCGAAUACCGCGAUGCUAGAGCAUCUGUGUACUCAUUGGCAUCAUCGGAUUUACACAAUCCAUCGACAGCCCGAGGGUACGCAGACGAUGCAGAAUUUUGGCUACCAAUGCUAUUGCGUUUCGAAACUUCAACCGAACUCCGCCGCCGAGCAACCUCCAUAAUCCGGUCUCCGGUCUCGGGCGCGAAAGCUGCAUCGAGCAACGCGCGUUGAUCCACAGCUUUGGACGACGCCAAAAGCCUGCGAAAUUCCGGAAGAGACUUUCCUGCCACGAAUGCUGCAUCCUCUAUCGUUCCCACGGAAAACAUCUUAGAUAUGUUACGUUCGUCCUCGGGGAGAAGGACGGGGAAACUCGGCCAUGGUUUAGCUCUCUUGAGAAAGACUAUGUAUGCCACCCAAACGGCGGCUCCAAUUAGACUCAGUGUGAUGGUUGGUCCAACGUAGUGGUCAGUCACACCAAUGUAAAUACUCAGGAGUAUAAAGAAUGGCAUAGAAAAUCCUCCCAAUAACGCCAAAAGAAUCCCACUCACGGCUCCAACCCGGUUAGGAAGAGCAAAAAUAACGGAAUAACGCAUAAUAAAGAGCAAGGUGGCGAUCUGACCGAAAGCCCCGGACGUAACAACGAUUGUCUGUAUGGUCCAGUUUGCCACGGGACAGAAGACACCAAUUAUUGCCAUCGAGAUAGUGAUGACAACUGCCAAAUCCGUGAUGCCCUCAGUGGGACGACUGUAUUGAUCCAACAUUACCCCAACGAGCGGCCCCAUGAAAAGUCCCACCAGUGCGCUGCAUUGGUUAAACAAUACGGCCAAACGCUCUCCAUUCUCAUCGCUGUUGCCCAUCACAACCAUGUCAUCRUCGACGACACCGACACCCGUUCCAAAAACUUCUUGCCCCAGUGGAUCGGUCAUAGUGAUGUAUAUGAAUGAGCUGGUCCAUGCAAACGUAAAGGUUGCCAGGGUGAAAAGGUGGAGGCGAGCAUGGUGUUUAAUGAUCCGAAAACCCGACUUGACGCUGUCGAUGGCCCCACGAAAGCCCUUGACUGUCCUUCGGGGAAUCGGCACCCCAAGUACUUCCAUUGCCCGUUUUCUGUAGUUUUCUACCGACGGGACCGCGACCCAACAAGCCGGGGUGGCGAUACCAACGAUCGUGGCCGUGUAAAAGAACAUGGUGGACGGAAGCGACAACCAGUUAUCGUAGCGCUGCAAGAUGAACCGCAGGACCAAGGGAACGACAGCAGCCACAUUGACGCAACAAUUCGACAACGACAGAAUCAGCCCCUGGUGACGGGGCAAAUGCCACAGAAAGCCAAAAAAGGAAACGUUUGUGAUGAUGGACCCGGCAUCUACCAAGAUGAUAGCGAAGCAAAAGAUGGUCGUUUCCAUCCAAGGAGUGAUUGUAAUCACAUCAUCAUCGUAUUCUUCAAGAGCGAACAACAAUAGAGACAGCACGAAAAAUCCUGCUGCGUUGAUGAGGCAGCCAACGAUGCUUGUCCACUGGCCGCCUAGCGAGUCAAACACCAAGCCACCCAAAAAGAAGAAAAGAGCGAGAGUAGAUGAUAGCGCAUUCAUGGUGUUCGCAAGCAGCAGCCACUGAGCCGAACAGCAAGAGCUGUCGCCUCCGAUAAAAACUUCUGGAUCAUCUGCAAUACCAUCAACAACACCACCGCUUGUAUCUUCGCGACAAGCGUAGGAGAACAGUCCCGCUUCGCAAAACAACCUGUUGUAAACGUUCUGGCCCGGAAGAACCCCGCCCGAUAUAACGCAUGCCGCAAAAAAUAGCAACAGGCGAAGCCACGACCCGGUAGAUCCCACAAACACCUUUUCGUCGUCAGCAAUGAAAUGUGCAAAUGGAG